CUGGUCAAAAGUAGUUCACUAUAAAUGGAACAGGGUGCCAUUUAGGACAUUUAGGACAAGGACUCUCUGUGGUACAGAGAGUCCUUGUUUAGUGAUGUCACAGUUGAUGUAAACUUAGGAAGACUUCCUCUCUAAGUAUCCUCAGCUAAAAGACCGGGGACCGGAUUAGUUAGUGUGAUGCUGAGCGGAAGAGCAGACCGGGAGGCUAAGGCACAGAGAGACAGAACUGUGGGGUUUCCUUUGAAAUGUUUACAUAUGGGAAGAGUGCAGAGCCGUAUGCUGGGGAGCAGAGGACCAGAGGUAAACAGUGAAAUGAGGCGUUGACACAGUAGAGGCAUAAACUAGGAAGCCUUAGUGGCAGUGAGGUUCUGGACUGAGGAGGCCCUGGUCUCUCUACUAACCUCAAGGGGACCAAGACGUAACCUCAAACUGGCCAACAGAUUUAUUGAUCUCCUCACUCUUCUCUAGGCGUUGAGGCCGCGGGGUCAUCCACAGAACCAUGGAGCCUGCCUAUACUGGGAUGUCACUGUAUAACUCAACCUCAACAGUGAUGCCCAUGGCGACCUCCGCCGGCAACACCAAUGUGAGCAGAGAGCCGUACAUGCACCGCCUGGCCCAUCUAGACGAGGGUCUCUACAAUGACUUCUACAGCCUGUGGAUCUGUCUGGUGGUGGUCAACACACUCAUCUUCAUGGUGGGAAUGGUUCUCAACACCCUGGCCCUGUACGUGUUCUGCUUCCGCACCAAGCCCAAGACCACCUCAGUCAUCUACACCAUCAAUCUGGCUGUCACAGACUUACUGGUUAACCUCUCCCUGCCCACACGUAUCAUUCUCUAUUACAGUGGGGGAAAGUGCCUCAACUGCUCCUACGUGCAUAUAUUCAGCUACUUUGUCAACAUGUACUGCAGCAUCCUCUUCCUCACCAGUAUAUGCGUGGACAGAUACCUGGCCAUAGUACAGGCUGAGGCCUCAAGGAAGUGGAGGAACCCUAACGUGGCCAAGGGAGUGUGCAUUUUCAUCUGGCUCUUCGCUAUCGUGGUCACCUACUCCUUCCUCACCACGGCGUUCCGACACGCGGGCUGCUGCGUCUCCAAGCUCUUCGUCCUGACCGUCUUCGAGUUCUUCCUCCCCUUGGUCGUCAUUGUGGUGUUCACUGUGCGCAUCAUGUGUGCCCUGUCCAACUCCAGUCUGAUGCAGCAGAGCAGAGAGAGGCGCGUGCGGGCCGUGCAGCUCCUCACCACUGUCCUGGUCAUCUUCACCAUCUGCUUCACCCCGUUCCACGUCAGGCAGGUGCUGGUGUACUUCUACCCCGACAUGCCCCACCACGUCAUUGUCUACCACGUCACCGUCACCCUCAGCAGCCUGAACAGCUGCAUGGACCCCAUCGUCUACUGCUUCGUCACCAACAACUUCCAGUCCAGCAUGAGGGGCUUCUUCCGCAAGGCGGAGGCAGAGCUGGAGCAGACCAGUGGGAACAUCAUCAGCAUGCAGAAUAGCUCCAAGGGCUCGGGGACUGUCACAGCUAUCGCUCACAGUGUGAUGAUGAACGUCCUGUCGUCCUCCUCUCCCCAGCAUGGGAACCACAUAGCGUUAGACUGAGAAAGGGAUGGGAAGAUUGAGGAAUGGGAUGUUCAGUGUUCAGAGAGAUGGACUUCUAUUGCCUAACUGUGAGACUCUGGAGUGCAAUUGACAUACUACAGUAGGCUAUUCUCCCAUUUGAGAACAUGCUUUCCUGCUUCUAUUAUUGUAGCCUAUUGUUGGCUUGGAAAUGUAAGUACGUGAAGACAUUUUCGGACAAGAAACGUUAUUUCUCCUGUGUUGGCCUACACCAGUCAUGAUGGAGGGCAUUGACACUGAAUAUGACCUAUAAUGUGUUUAUUGCAGCAUGAUUUAUUUCUACUGUACAAUUAUCAUCUGAGGAGUAUUUGUUUACUUUGAUCCUAGAUCUUAUGGACCUCUGACAAAAUAGACAAGUAAUAUUCUACUGCAUUGCUAUGGAAACAAAUAGAAAUAUAUGAUAAACAGCUUCUGUAGAUUAAUGUGUGACAUUGUUGUCACAAUACAUAUUUAUCGUCGGCCUUCUCAGAAACUGGUUUUAUGCUAAACUUAUAUUACUGGCAAAUAUUACCAAACCAAUUGUCCAAAAACAUAUAGAAUAAAACAUACAAAACCA